GCCAUGGGGCGGGCGGGCACGGGCUGCGCGGGGCUACCCCGGCGCCGCGGCUAGCGCGCCCGCCUUGCCUGAGCUUCCCGCGCCGCCCGCCGCCUUGGGGGACGAGGAGCAGGACGCGGCCUCGGUGGGGCCCGGGCCGGAUCGCUGCGGACCGCCGAGCGCCGGGGAGCCGAGCGCCGCGGUCUCCGGCAUGGAUCAGUGCGUGACGGUGGAGCGCGAGCUGGAGAAGGUGUUGCACAAGUUCUCGGGCUACGGGCAGCUGUGCGAGCGCGGCCUGGAGGAGCUCAUCGACUACACCGGCGGCCUCAAGCACGAGAUCCUGCAGAGCCACGGUCAAGAUGCUGAGUUAUCAGGGACCCUCUCACUUGUUUUGACACAGUGCUGCAAAAGAAUAAAGGACACUGUUCAGAAGCUGGCCUCCGACCACAAAGACAUCCAUAGCAGCGUUUCUCGAGUUGGGAAAGCCAUCGAUAAGAAUUUUGAUUCUGACAUCAGCAGUGUGGGAAUAGAUGGCUGCUGGCAGGCAGACAGCCAACGGCUUCUCAACGAGGUGAUGGUGGAACACUUCUUCAGACAAGGAAUGCUGGAUGUAGCCGAGGAGCUCUGCCAGGAAUCUGGGCUGUCUGUGGACCCAAGUCAGAAAGAACCAUUUGUGGAGUUAAAUCGAAUAUUAGAAGCAUUAAAAGUCAGAGUUCUGAGACCUGCCCUGGAGUGGGCAGUAUCAAACCGAGAAAUGCUCAUAGCCCAAAACAGCUCCUUGGAGUUUAAGCUACACCGACUGUACUUUAUUAGCUUGUUAAUGGGUGGAACUACAAAUCAGCGGGAAGCCUUACAGUAUGCAAAAAAUUUCCAGCCAUUUGCCCUAAAUCAUCAAAAAGACAUUCAGGUAUUGAUGGGAAGCCUCGUGUACCUGAGACAGGGGAUUGAGAAUUCACCAUAUGUUCACCUGCUUGAUGCAAACCAGUGGGCUGACAUCUGUGACAUCUUUACACGGGAUGCCUGUGCCCUCCUGGGGCUCUCCGUGGAGUCUCCGCUCAGUGUCAGUUUCUCUGCAGGCUGUGUGGCACUGCCCGCACUCAUCAACAUCAAAGCUGUGAUCGAACAGAGGCAGUGCACUGGAGUUUGGAACCAGAAAGACGAACUACCUAUUGAAGUGGACCUUGGUAAAAAGUGCUGGUAUCACUCCAUAUUCGCCUGCCCCAUUCUUCGUCAGCAAACAACAGAUAACAAUCCACCCAUGAAAUUAGUUUGUGGUCAUAUUAUAUCAAGAGAUGCCCUGAAUAAAAUGUUUAAUGGUAGCAAAUUAAAAUGUCCAUAUUGCCCAAUGGAACAAAGUCCAGGAGACGCCAAACAGAUAUUUUUCUGAAGAAAUGAAUUUGUUUGCAACUUGUAAGUGAAACUGAAUUAGGGGUCCAUUCGAGACAAGAGCGAUCCAUUGACUGCAGCUAUCCAAGGACUGCCGGGUUUGUAAGCUGUACUCCAGAAGCUGCUGGCACACUCGUGUGCACUCGGGAGGGAGUGCUGCAGAUGGGUGUUACAUAGGGCUUUUCACUCUUGGUCUUUGCUUCUGAUCAAGUAAACACACCAGCAGUUGUCAUUCAGUGCAGGUUUUGUACUUCCUAUAUGGAGAUUUUUUACUUCAAACAGAGACAGAAGUGGACCUUCCUGGCCUGUGUUUAGUGCUCCUCCUGCUUUUCCUCUGUCAUCUUCUUGAUAAUUGUAAGCUUGAGCGUGUUUGUGGAAGAACUUUCUUUCUUGUUAUGUAUACAUAAUUAAAUGAAAAUUCUUCAUAGGAGUUUGACAAAUUGAAUUGUGGUUAUACAACGAAUUUGCUUUUUUAGUUUGUUUUGUUUUCCUUUUUUGGCUUAAGGAAGAAAGCUGUGAUAAAUUCCAAAUGUAUGUUGCUUUUUGAUGUUUUUCUCUGCUCCAGCUCCUGCUUCAAAGUCAGCACGCCUGCGUUCGAGUUCUGUCUAGAAGCCCUAGAAGGCUUCCUGUUUAACAUCCCAUCAUGAAUUUAGCAGGCCGAUAUGAAAAUGAAAGAGAUAUUACUGGUUCUUUGCUUUUAUUACCAAGAGGUGCUUUUUAAAAAGUGUAUUUAAUAAAUGGAAUUCUGAAGUUAGGGUGUUACUAAGUUGAUAUGUGCUCUCGGUCUUAGCACCCUGCCCUUUCGAAUUUGCCUUCAAGACUUGGCUGGGUAUCAUCACAUUAGUUUAUCAUCAUAGACACACAGUGUUGUUUGUGCAUGUGUAUAUAAAUAUGUGCACCAGCAUCAAACAUUGUGUAUGUGGAAGGGAAGAAGCAUGUUCCAGUUCUAAAUGCAAUUACCAGACUCAUCACUUCAGGUCCUUAAGGAUAGACACUGCAACUUUUAGUGCUGUGGACCAUGUUUACUGCGGUUUUGUGUUUAACUAGUAUCUGUUCAUGCCUCUCUUCUGCAGAGUGUCUUACCAGAUUGACUGUGAACCUGUAUAUUAGUCAAAUGGCUACAGAUAAUGAUCUUUUCUCUUGUGAGGUAUCUUCAUUUAAUAUACUGCCCAGGAAGAGCCAUGUGUAAGAGUUAUUCUGUAUGCGGAACUACAUGGAAAAGACUUCUGUGGACAUGAUUCUGACUUAACCCCACGAAAUGCUUCACCUUGAGAAGAGUGCUGUGUGGAAAUCACCAAAUAGUUCACAACUUUAUUUCAUCUGAUGUAGAUCUGAACAUCAACAUAGGAAUACUUUCAUGAGAAAAUGAAAAAAGUUGUAAACACAGAAGCAAAGAGAAAUGUGACUCUUCCUAUUUUAAACUGCAGGUGGACUCGGUUUAAGGGGAUGGGGAUAACGCUCUGGUGCUAAGUUAAUUAGAAAUUGCCAGCAUUCACAGUGGUAUACUAGCCUGAUGGUCUUUGCUGAAAUGUUUGCCUGGGAGCUGGCAUUUGCUUGUGAAGGGAAAGACUAAUACUGCAGAGAAGCCCUGUGAAAUGACCGUAUGGUCAGCUCACCUUGAUGGCUACUGUGUGCUGGGUUGGUUAGCUGGGAUCAUGAUCAGCCCAGCUCAGGGUGCAUGCUUUGUUCAGACUUAGCCUGGCUCACGGUGACUUCUGCUUCACUGUUGGGGUGCUCUUUCGAGUCUCCCAUGCCCCAUUCAGCAGUGAAAAAAGAACACAGACCUCUGGACUGAAGGAGAAAAGGCAUAGUGCCAGGCAGUGUCCUGUUGAGGGUGUAAACUCGUUUACUACAGAUAAUUUUUCCUUUCAAUUAAAUUCUAGAGUGUCAGACUUUUUUAAAACAACUUUGUUAUUCCUAGGCCAAAUUUAGUUUUUAGGUUUUUUUCCCCAUAACUUACUCUUACCUUUCAAUUUCAAACAUGUACAUGACAUUUAAAUUUCACAUAGAAUUUGUGUGAUACAGACAUGUUUUUUUGAGGCCAGUGGCAAAUCUUUUUUGGAAGCAAGACCCUUUACACAGUUGGCUCAGGCCCUUUUAAGGACAAAGGCUCUGCCUGGUCCUCCUGGUGCUGGGAGUCACAUUGGCAGUUUCUUGUGAAGCUCAUGAAACUUGAAACAGAAUGAGUUUUAGCAAGUGUUUGGCUUUACGGCUUCCUCUGUAAGGUCUUGUAAUCCUGGUGGGCUGGGAGGGCAAGGGCCAAAACCAGAAACUUGAUCUAACAAUUUGCCAUGGGAAUUAGGUCUUGAGCUCUUCUUUACAUGUGUGGACUUUAACCUGUGAGAGACUGACUGAGCAGAGGUGGAUUUGAAGAAGCUAGACCUUGACCAAAGAUGCUGAAGUACAUUACGACCUUUACACUCUAGAACCUCCUUUGCAGUAGUGUAGGACCACGCCGUCACUGAUGCCGUGCUCAUGCUAGCGUGCAGGAGGAGCCCAUCUGUCUCUUCAGGCUUGUCAGUCACAUGGGUACCAGGCAUUGGAAACAGCCACAGAAUGGCUUCUUUGAGAGCCAUUUCCUUUCCUGGUAGUGGACAAGGGCCGCCAUGGGACUCUGCUAAACCAGUACAACCUUAUUAGCACGUCUUUAGAUGCUGGUGUAGCCAGAGCCUCUCCACGGUGGCUUCGGUUGUCGUUGAUCCUUUUCUCCUUGUGUGGCCAUCACAGAUGCCAUUUCUGUUUUAUUGAUGAUUAUAGGAGACUUUUAAUACAUAAAUGAACGGGUAUUGGUGCCUCUUUAUUUUUAAAAAAAAAAUGAAGAAAAAGAGCCACCUCAUAUUCAUAGAGUAUGUAUUUUGUGAGUGUGUGACAUUUAAUUGAAAAUAAGAAAGCUAGGAGGUAAAUUUUUCGUUUGACUUUUCCACAGCAGCUAAUGUGUAGGGAGACGUUAAACCCACACCAAAUCAUGUGGGGAUGAGGAUCCCCAAUCGUCCUCUCCAGGUAGGCUGUGCCGUGUGUGAUUUCCACCUCAGUGGUGUCAGCCUUUGGGACAGUGCAUAUCAAAAGCCAAGAACUCUUGGUUUAUCUGCACAAUUCAAGCUGCUGGUAGACUACACAAGCCCUCUGGUUUCCCAGCUCAACCCCUCAUAGACUGGCAGCCAUGCUGUCUGUCUGUCUGUCUAGUCAGCCGACUCAGGUUAUCUUCAGGGAAGGUAUGGAGACAUGGAUUGUUCGGUUCAUCCCUAGGAUGUGUAUGGUGAAGACGAACCAAAUACUUUCCACCAUUGAACUGUCUGUACAUGAUCUUUGGUAACAGUAGAAUACUGUGGUCUUGUGGAACACACAGAGGGAACAUGUAGCAAGGAUCACAUACAAAGCUUGGUGUUUCAUAAGCCUUCAGCUGACAGGUUGUAUGUGGUACUGUAGUGUUCACCAUAAGCAGGUACAAGCUUCAUGAACUUUUCAUAUUGAAUUACAAUUGAGUAGAUACCAAAAAUAGAGUGGCAAAUGUAUUUUAGUAGCAGAUGAGGCAGUUAGUUUUAGGGUGAAUUUUCCACUGUUGAUUUUACUUCAAGAUGUAGCAAGAGAAAGAUUUUUUUUUUUAAGGUGUUUUUAAGCUGUAGCAGGCAUAUGCUUCAUUUACUUCCAAAGAGGCAAAAAGUAGCUCGACUCACUACAGCGCAUGCUUCGCUCCAUGGUAUGGGUGGAUUCCUACACUUUUUAGUAGCAGUCUUAAGCUGCUCACGGCCAGGCAGGUGUGGGCUUCUGUAGGAUUUAGUGCCUGAACAUUUCUUUUGGGAAGGGGCUGGAGUGAAUGUACUGGGACGGGAGGGAAGCAGAAGGAAACAGGAGUGUGAGAGAGUGCAUGUGUGGAAAUUCACCAUCACCCCCGAAGCUAGCAAGCAACAGCUGUUGGCUCUGUUUACUCAUGACUGCAGCGUGCAUGCAUUUCUUCACUAUGUUUUCUAGCCUACACUAAGAAUUCAUCAGAUCAUCUUGCUCAGAUGGCUCAGGAUUGUAUUUCUUUGGCUUACCCCGUGCUCCUGGGUUCUAUAGUGUUUCUAUAAUUAUGAAUAGUGUUGCACUGUAAUCUAUCAUAUAGAGCUAUAUGUAUGGAAAUUUUUGAUCAGUUUUUUUAAGAGAUGUAUCCUGUUUGCAAAGGCACAAUAAAACUGCAUCUUCUAGAUUAUAGGCAAUAAAGGUAACAAUAAACCUUACUUUAAAUCAUA